UUAUAAACCAUGGGGAUUGAAGAUAAAGCAAGUGAACGUGAAGAUUCAGAACCAUCCAGAGAAGUGGAUCACACUGUUUCCACAUGUGGAGAAACACAGACACAAGAGGAGACAGGCGUGAAUCUCAGGAGUACAGAUGUAAAUGAACCAACAGAAGGAAGCAACCUGCUAGACAGCCAUGAAAAAAAGCCACAAGAAACACCAACUGAAUCCAGUCGUUUGCAGAGACUGAGGCGGACGUUCGCUUGCCCUCCACAUGGAUUACUGGGUAGAAUAGUAACAAAUGUUACCAUGGUGGUCCUUCUGUGGGCUGUGGGCUGGUCCAUUACUGGCAGUGAAUGUCUACCUAGAGGGAACCUAUUUGGAAUCAUGAUCCUGUUCUACUGUGCUGUCCUCGGUGGUAAACUGAUGGGACUGAUUACGUUCCCUACGUUACCUCCACUGCCUCCUCUUCUUGGCAUGCUGCUCGCUGGAUUUCUCAUCAGAAAUAUCGCAGUCAUCAGUGAUAAUGUGCAGAUCAAACACAAGUGGUCUUCCUCUUUGAGAAGCAUAGCCCUGUCCAUCAUAUUGGUCCGUGCUGGCCUUGGACUGGAUUCUAAGGCCCUGAAGAAGCUGAAGGGUGUUUGCGUGAGACUCUCCAUGGGUCCUUGUCUCAUGGAAGCGAGUACAUCUGCUCUUCUUGCACACUUCCUCCUGGGUUUACCAUGGCAAUGGGGAUUCAUCCUGGGUUUUGUUUUAGGUGCCGUGUCUCCAGCUGUCGUGGUGCCGUCGAUGCUCCUUCUGCAGGAAGGAGGCUACGGUGUUGACAAAGGUGUCCCCACCUUACUCAUGGCUGCUGGCAGCUUUGAUGAUAUUCUAGCCAUCACUGGCUUCAACACAUGCUUGGGCAUGGCAUUUUCCACAGGCUCCACCAUCUUCAAUGUCCUCCGAGGAGUUCUGGAGAUGGUCACUGGUGUGGCAGCUGGCUCUCUUCUGGGGUUUUUUGUUCAGUACUUCCCAAGCAGUGACCAGGGCUCUCUGGCGUGGCAGCGAGCAGUCCUGGUUUGGGGGCUCUCCGUGCUGGCUGUGUUCAGCAGCGUCUAUUUCGGGUUCCCUGGAUCAGGAGGACUGUGCACUUUAGUCAUGGCCUUCCUAGCAGGCAUCGGAUGGAAAAGCAAAAAGGCAGAGGUUGGAAAAAUAAUUGCAGUUGCCUGGGACAUCUUUCAACCCCUUCUUUUUGGACUGAUUGGAGCAGAGGUUUCUAUUGCAUCUCUCAGACCAGAGACUGUUGGCCUUUGUGUUGCCACCCUAGGCAUUGCAGUGUUGGUACGAAUCAUGACUACAUUUCUGAUGGUGUGUUUUGCUGGUUUUAACAUCAAGGAAAAGAUAUUUAUUUCUUUUGCAUGGCUUCCUAAGGCCACAGUCCAGGCUGCGAUAGGAUCUGUGGCUUUGGACACAGCAAGAUCACAUGGAGAGAAACAACUAGAAGAAUAUGGAAUGGAUGUGUUGACAGUGGCGUUUUUAGCCAUCCUCAUUACAGCCCCAAUCGGAAGUCUACUCAUUGGUUUGCUGGGCCCUAGGCUUCUCCAGAAAGCUGAACAUCAAGAUAAAGAUGAAGUCCAAGGAGAAACUUCUGUACAUGUUUAGAGGUGAAGAGGGAGAUUGCUGAAUAGAACCAUCAGAAAA